CGGGGGCCUGCCAUCAGGGGCGGUGCGCAAUAUGGCGGCGCCCAUGGCGAGCGCGGGAACGGGGCCGCGCUGAGCGCGGGGUCCCGGAGCCGGUACCGGGCAGCGGAGCUGGGACCGCCCGGGAAUGGCGGAGGGGCCGGGACGGGCCGGGGCUGGCCGGGCCCGGAGCUGCUCCCCAGAUCCCAUCCAGGACGUGCUCGGGGAGCUCCUGGGAUCCGACGACGAGGCCCCGGCUCCGCCUUCCCGAGGUUCCCGUGCCUCCUUCCUGCAGGAUCUGGAUCCAGUGGAUCCCACGAAUAACCAGGACCUGGAUCCAGUGGAUCCCACAAAUCCCCAGGACCUGGAUCCAGUGGAUCCCACGGAUCUCCGGGAUCAGCUGGACGAGCUGGACGAGCUGGAUGCAGAAAUCCUGGGAAUGGCCAGAGCCAGGUCCAGAGCGGGGAAACGCAGCGGGAAGGGGCCGGGCCCCCAAAAAGCCCCUCCCCGUGCCGAUGUCACCUUUGGGGACGACGUCGAUGACCUGAUGGAUUCCCUGGGGCUCGGCAGCGACGGAGCCGGGAGCGCGCCGGGAACGCCGCGGGGCCAGGGGCUCCGGAGGGGCCGCGCCAGGACCCAGGAGCAGCCGGGAAAGGCGGAACUGGAACCGCAGAGGGAGAACCAGGGGCAGGAGCAGCCAGGGCCGGGAUUUCCCUUCGGAUCCUACGAGCCCUCGGUGGCCUCGGGGACCGGGCGGAGACGGGGACGGAGGUGCUCAGUUGGGAGCAGCUCCCGACGUCCCUCCGGGGCCGAUUGGCUGGGGCUGAAGGACGAGGAUUUCCUGGGGCUGGGGGACGACGAUUUCCUGGGAAUGGGACAGAAGGACAAGGAUCCCACAGGAAUGGGACAGAAGGACAAGGAUUCCAUGGGAAUGAGACAGAAGGACAAGGAUCCCACAGGAGUGGAACUGAAGGAUGAGGAUUUCCUGGGAUUGGAAUCAAAGGACAAAAACUUCCUUGGAUUGGGACAGAGGAACAAGGAUUCCACUGGAUUGGGACAGGAGGAUGAGGAUUUCCAGGGAUUGGGAUCAAAGGACGAGGAUCACCCAGGACUGAGAUUGAAGAACAAGGAUUUCCUUGGAUUGGGAUCGAAGGACGAGGAUCCCUCAGGAGUGGGAUCAAAGGACGAGGAUUUCCCGGGAUUGGGACAGAAAAACAAGGAUUUCCUUGGAUUGGGACAGAAGGACGAGGAUUUCCCAAGACUGGGAUCAAAGGACAAAGAUCCUCUAGGAUUUGGAUCGAGGGACAAGGAUUUCCUUGGAUUGGGACAGAAGAACAAGGAUCUCUCAGGAUCGGGAUCAAAGGACGAGGAUUUCCCAAGAUUGGGAUCAAAGGACAAAGAUCCUCUAGGAUUUGGAUCAAGGGACGAGGAUUUCCUUGGAUUGGGACAGAGGAACAAGGAUCCCUCAGGAUUGGGAUCAAAGGACAAGGAUUUCCCAGGAUUGGGCGACAAAGAUUUCCUUGGAUUUGGAUCGAAGGACGAGGAUUUCCCAAGAUUGGGAUCAAAGGACAAGGAUCCCUCAGGAUUGGGACGGAAGAGCAAGGAUCCCACAGGACUACGGGACAAGGAUUUCCCAGGACUGGGACAGAAGGACAAAGAUCCCUCAGGACUGGGAUCAAAGGACGAGGAUCCUCCGGGAUUGAGAUCGAGGAACAAGGAUUUCCUUGGACUGGGAUCAAAGGAAAAGGAUUUCCUGGGAUCAGGACAGAAGGACGAGGAUCCCACAGGACUGGGACAGAAGAACAAAGAUCCCUCAGAAUUGGGAUCGAAGGAAAAGGAUUUCCCAGGAUUGGGACACAAGGAUGAGGAUUUCCCGGGACUGAAGGCCGAGGACCCCCCGGGCCCCGGUGCCCCCGGAUCCCUGCGGAAUUCCCACCCCUGGAGGGUCCCAGAGCCCCCCGAGCCCAGCAGGCUGGAGCUCCCCCUCGGGCAGGUGGCACCAGGUGACACGGCACAGGAGGCACAGGUGGCACCAGGUGACACGGCACAGGUGGCACAGGUAUCAGCAGGUGACACGGCACAGGUCACACGGAUGUCACAGGCGGCAGCAGCCGUGCAGGAGGUGCCGGGUCAUGCCACGCCCGCCCAGGAGGAUCUGGUGUGGGAUCCAGCCCCGUCCCGCCCGGAGAAUCCCCGAGCUCUCCCGUCCUGGCUCUGCCCAGAGCUUCCCGCAGCGUUCCCAGCCCGGAGGCACCAGGCGAAUCUGGGAUCCUCCCCAUCCCAACAACGCCAGGAUUUGGGAUCUCUCCCACCCCAGCCCCACAAGGAUUUGGGAUCUCUCCCACCCCGGCCCCACAAGGAUUUGGGAUCUCUCCAUUCCCAGGACCAUCCCGGCUGUGGGGUCGCCCUGCAGACCCUCCAGGCCCGGCUGGAGGAGCUGGAGAACCAGGUGCGGGCGCUGGAGCUGGAGCGGGCACGGUGGCGGGGACAGGCCCUGCAGGAGCUCCCGGAGAGCUGCCCCAGAUCUUUGGAUCACCCCAGAUCACAGGACCACGCCAGAUCCCAGAACCACCCCACAACUCAGGAUCACCCCAGACCCCAGGACCACCCCAGACCCCAGGAGCAGGACAAGCAGCUCUCAGCGCUCCAGGCCAGGCUCUGCUGGCAGCAGCGGGACGCGGAGCGGGAGCAGAGCCGGCUCCAGGAGGCCGUGGCUGACCUGGAGACCAGGCUGGGGGAGCGGGAGCAGCUUCUGGAGCAGGAGCGCCGUCGCGCCGUGGCCGAGCGCAGCCGUGCGGAUUCCCUGCAGGAGGCGCUGGAGGAGCAGCGCCGGCUCUCGGCUCAGCUGCUGGCCAUGGAGAGGGCGGCGCUGGACGAGGCCAAGGCAGCGUGCCUGGAGGAGCAGCGGGCGGAGCUCCGGGAGCGCUCCGAGGAGCGGCGGCGCCUGGCGGCCGCGUGGGCCGAGCUCCGGCAGCGGGAGCGGCUGGGCCGGGAGCGGGACGAGCAGCACCGGGAGCGCGCCCUGGGCCUGGACGCGGCGCUGAGGAGCCUGGCCAAGGAUCAGGCAGAGCUGAAGUUGCGGAGCAGGGAGCUGAGAUCCAAGGAGGAGCAGCUCGCCAGGGACAGGGAGGAGCUGGAGGAGGCCUGGAGGGAGCUGAGGCUGGAGAAGGAGAAGGUUCUGAGGGCUGAGCAGCGGCUGCAGGAGCGGGAGGAGGAGAUCCGUGAGCUGGCCGAGCGCUCGGCGCAGCAGCAGCAGGACGGGCAGCGGGCGCUGCGGGAGGCUCGCAGGACGCAGCAGGAGCAGCGGCAGCGGCUGCAGGAGCUGCAGGAGCAGCAGGAGCGGCUGCGGCAGCAGGAGCAGCGCCUCACACAGGGCCGGCACAGCCUGGAGCGGCAGCGGGAGCAGCUCCGGGAGCUGCAGGAGGAGCUGGGCCCCGCCCUGGGGACAGGGACAAGGACGCUGCCAGGGACGGGGACAGCGCUGGGGACACCUCUGGGGGCUCCUGGGGACACUGGGGACAGGGACACUCUGCUGUCCCCUCCUGCAGCCUCUCCCGGGUUCCUGCCAGCCCUGGGGACGCUCCUUGGGGACAGCGGGGACAGCGCGGCCGCGCUCUAUGGACACGUCCUGCUGCUGAAACACCGCGCCAGGAUGGAUCACGAGUUCCUGCAGAGCGAGCGGCUCUUCCUCGACAGCCUCAAAAAAGGGCCCUGACCACAAAUGGAGCUUUGUAAAAAUAAAAAAAAAAUAAAAAUAAAAAUUAAAAU